AUGGCGCCAGAUGAUUACUCCACUGGCGGGGGUGGUAAGCUCAAGCUCAAGGGGAGCAAAGUGAGCGAUGGACGCGUGGAGAAGAAAAAGAAGAAGAGCCUGAAGAAGAAAGAGAAGGCGGAGCAGGAUCAACCAACCCGGGAACCAGAUGCGGAGACCAAAUCCCCUCAGGUGGACGAUGAACCGGAAGACUCAACCGCGAAAACCGAGGCAGAGAGGAAAUAUGAAGCAAUCAGGCGAAAACGAUUGCAUGAGAGGCUCCAGAAGGAGGGAAUCAAGACGCACAAGGAGCGUGUCGAGGAGCUGAACAAGUAUCUCAGCAGGCUGAGUGAGCAUCACGACAUGCCGAAGAUUGGACCUGGUUGA